ACUGCCGAUUGGCGGGCGCGCGGGGCCGGGCGGAGCGGACGCUGUGGCGGAGGCCGUGGCGGGGGUCGGCGGGAAGGGAGGCUCUGCGCUGCCGGAGCGGCCCUGGGCUCGCUCGGCCUGCAGAGGGGGAGUGGAGCGCAGGGCGCCGGCGCGGGAGGCGGAGGGGUGAAGUCAGGGCUGAGUGGGCGGAAGUGCGCUGGGGCUGAAGUCAGGCCCGGAAGCGGGCCCGAGGGGAACUGGAGCUGCCGCGCUCCCUCCUCCCUCCCUCGCUCGCUCCCUCCCUCCGGGGCGUUGGGGCGCUCGCACACUUGGGCACACUUGGGCACCGUACGACACGUUUUCCAAAUGUCAGGCUGUUGACUUGUCCAAUUCUAGGGCGUAGUCACCCUACAUCCUGCCGCUGCCCUACCUCGUAUCCUGCUCGGUCAGGUUCACGUGAGACAUGGCACAGGACCAAGGACACGUACAGCUACCCAGAGCUGAUGCUAUUCGUUCUCGGCUGGUCGACACUUUCUCCCUCAUAGAGCAUUUGCAAGGCUUGAGCCAAGCCGUGCCGAGGCACACUGUCCGGGAGAUACUUGAUCCUUCUCGCCAGAAGAAACUCAUGUCAGGAGACCAGCACCAGCUUGUGCGCUUCUCCAUAAAGCCCCGGCACAUGGGGUACAUCACACACUCCCAGCGAAUGCUCAGCAGGCUCCGUGUGAGGUGCAGCCAGAGGCCACCUCUGUCCCUGUGGGCUGGAUGGGUUCUUGAGAGUCCCAUCUUCUCAAAAUUCAUCAUCUCCCUCAUCUUUCUGAAUACAAUUGUACUGAUGGUCGAAAUAGAAUUGAUGGAAUCCACAAAUACUAAACUGUGGCCAUUGAAGCUGGCUUUGGAGGUUGCAGAUUGGUUUAUUUUACUUAGCUUCAUUGUAGAGAUCUUUCUAAUGUGGAUGUCCAGCUUUACUCUCUUCUGGAAUAAUGCCUGGAAUGUCUUUGACUUUGCUGUUACCAUGUUGUCUCUGCUUCCUGAGUUUGUGGUGCUGAUGGGAGUCUCAAGGACGUCUGUGUGGCUUCAGCUGCUGAGGAUCUCCCGGGUGCUGAGGUCUCUCAAACUGUUUGCACGAUUCCCUCAAAUUAAAGUUAUUAUAUUGGCUCUGGCCAGGGCCCUGAAGAGCAUGACGUUCCUCCUGAUGCUGCUGCUUAUCUUCUUCUACAUCUUUGCUGUAACUGGUGUCUACUUCUUCCAAGACUAUUCCCGUUCAACUAUCGAGGACCUUGAGUACAACAUGUUCUUCUCGGACCUGCCAAAUUCCCUGGUGACAGUGUUCAUCCUCUUCACCUUGGACCAUUGGUAUGCAGUACUUCAGGACGUCUGGAAGGUGCCGGAAGCCAGCCGUGUAUUUAGCAGCAUCUAUGUGGUCCUUUGGUUGUUGGUUGGCUCCAUUAUCUUUCGAAAUAUCAUAGUAGCCAUGAUGGUUACUAACUUUCAGAAUAUUAGAAACGAGCUGAGUGAGGAGAUGACCCACCUGGAGGUUCAGUAUAAAGCUGACAUAUUCAAGCGACAGAUUAUCCAGAGGAGACAAAACUGUCCCCUGAAUCAAAGCAAUAAAAUUUAUUUCUUUAUGUACAGAGAACCGAGUCAAGGAAAGCACUCUGAAGACUUACUAGAGCCAUCUAAAGGGUCUGGAGCCAGUGAUGCUGAAAACACUGAUGAUGAGAAAAAUGAUACCGAGAGAAGUGAUACGGAUAAAAGUGAUGCUGAGAGAAGUGAUGCUGAGGAGAGAAGUGAUGCUGAGGAGAGAAGUGAUGCUGAGGAAAGUGAUGCUGAGAAAAAAGAUGCUGAAGCUAAGAAAGGACAAAAAGAAUCGUCAAAAUCGAAAGUCUACCCAGCCCCCGCUUCCAACUCUUUAUCCUCCUACGGUUCCUCUGUAGCCGAUUUUGAUUUUAUUGAUAAUUUGGACUGGGAGACUCUUGUGCAUGAGAACCUGCCUGGGUUAAUGGAUAUGGAUCAGGACGACCGUGUUGUGUGGCCCAGAGAUUCACUUUUCCGGUAUUUUGAGUUACUGGAAAAGCUUCAGUAUAACUUGGAGGAGCGCAAGAAGUUGCAAGAAUUUGCAGUCCAGGCCCUGAUGAGUUUUGAAGACAAGUAGAGGUCCAAUGGAUGGCAGGCGUGUCUUUGGACUCAGCAAAAGCUAAUGAAGGGAAUAAUUGGAAAUAGAGAAUUCAAAAUAUAAAUAUCUAAUAAAUACUGCUAAUGAA